AUGUAUAAAGUAGCAAGCCCAUCAGAAUAUCUGGUGAUCACCGGCGUUGGGAUUGAGGACAUAAGGCUUGCAAAGAAGGGAUGGAUCCUCCCCGGACAAUCCUACAUCAUCUUCGACAUGUCCCCCGUCAACUACACCUUCGAAGUCCAAGCCAUGAGCUCCGAGAAGCUCCCCUUCAUGCUCCCCGCCGUCUUCACUAUCGGCCCCCGCAUCGACGACAUGCCCAGCCUCCACAAGUACGCCAAGCUCAUCUCUCGCCACGACAAGCUCUCUACCCACGUCAAAGAGCUUGUCCAGGGUAUCAUCGAGGGGGAGACGCGUGUCCUCGCUGCCUCGAUGACCAUGGAGGAGGUGUUUAAGGGGACCAAAGAGUUUAAGCAAGAGGUGUUUGGGAAGGUUCAGUUGGAACUCAAUCAAUUUGGGCUUUUGAUAUAUAACGCAAAUGUCAAACAGUUGGUGGAUGUACCGGGGCAUGAGUAUUUUAGUUACUUGGGGCAGAAGACACAGAUGGAGGCGGCCAACCAGGCUAAAGUUGACGUGGCGGAGGCGAGGAAGAAGGGGGAGAUAGGGUCUAAGGAGAGGGAGGGGUUAACGCUGCAGAAUGCCUCCAAGAUUGAUGCAGAAACCAAAAUAUAUGCCACGAGGAGGGGAGGGGAGGGGAGGAUGGCGGAGAUAAAGGUGAAAGCGGAGGUGAAGGUGUAUGAGAACGUGAGGGAGGCUGAGGUGGCGGAGGCAAAUGCUGAGCUGGCGAAGAAGAAGGCCAGGUGGGCGAAGGAGGCGCAGGUGGCGGAGGUGGAGGCCGUGAAGGCGGUGGCGUUGAGGGAUGCGGAGCUGCAGAAGGAGGUGGAGAGGAUGAAUGCCUUGACUAUCACGGAGAAGCUUAAAGCUGAGUUCUUGAGUAAGGCCAGUGUUGAGUAUGAAACAAAGGUACAAGAGGCAAAUUGGGAGUUAUACAUCAAACAAAAAGCCGCGGAAGCUAUUCUUUACCAAAGGGAGAAGGAGGCCGAGGCACAGAAGGCAAUUGCUGAGGCAGAAUUAUAUGCUCGUCAACAAGUUGCGGAUGGAGAAUUUUAUGCAAAGAAAAAAGAGGCUGAGGGUCUGAUGGCCCUUGGACAAGCCCAAGGUGCAUAUCUACGCACUCUUUUGGACGCCGUUGGCGGCAACUAUGCAGCCAUGAGGGACUUCAUGAUGAUCAAAAGCGGCAUGUUUCAAGAAAUUGCUAAGAUCAAUGCUGAGGCCGUGCGUGGACUUCAACCCAAAAUCAGCAUUUGGACAAAUGGAGGCGGAGAGGGCGGGGAUGGCGGCCAUGGGGCUAUGAAGGAGGUGGCUGAGGUUUACAAGAUGUUGCCACCAUUGUUCAAGACAGUUCAUGAACAAACUGGAAUGCUGCCACCGGCUUGGAUGGGAACUUUGUCCGAUUCUCAUUCUACCAGCUCGGCUCUUAAUUGA